AUGCAAUGGUUGGAGGUGACCCAUCGCCCUGACGAGAAUUGCUUUGAAGAAGCGAUGCAGAUGGCGUCGGAAACAGGUCAGUUCCUCCAUGGGUAUCGACCGGGCGCCGUCACUCCGGCGUCGGUUUUGGAAGCUGUUGAAAGUGACCAUUUGGAUUUGGUGGUCUAG